GUUGAAAUAUAUCUAGUUCUUCAUUUGUAGCAUCAGAGUAACUAAGUGUUAUCCAAGCUCCUCAGCAUGUGUGGUCUUCUCCUUCUCUGCUCUGUGCUCUCUCUGUGGGGUGCCGUGUGUGGGACACCAGGACAAUACUGCGCAGACCAACCUGCAGGAGUGGAAGUAUUUGCUGGAGACUCAGUGACCUUCCCAUGCAGUUUUGUCUUCUCCAGAACUCUUACAGGAAUUAAUAAUAGGGCAAUUGUUUUUCAAGCUGGUGUUGAUAAUUAUUGUGGGGAUCGUAUAUAUAACAGCAGAUAUGGCAACACAACACAGGAAUACCAGGGAAGGGUGUCACUGGUGGGAGAUCCUCAGGCUCAGAAUGGGACCAUCACUCUGACCAGUGUAAGAACAAGUGAUAGAAAGAACUUCUGCUGCCGGGUCCAACUUCUAAAUCAAAACACGAUCAUUGAGCAGUGGCAGAAUGGAGGAGGCACCCGGCUAACUGUGAGGGGUGAGAAUGAGAUGACUAUGCAUCAGCCUCCAUUCAUCUCUGCGCUGGUUGGUGACACUGUGACAAUUCCCUGUAAUUUUUCCCUCAGCUCCAAGAGGAAAAUUCAGAAAAAAUCUGUAUCCAGUGUUCAGUGGAGGUUUGGUCAGUUCCAAAGCUGUGGGACAGUUAUAUAUAACAGUAGCACAGGGGCAGUAAGAAGAGAGGACAGAGAGAGGAUUUCUGUGGCUGGGGAAGGAGGCGCAUCCAUCCUAAUCAAGCGGGUGACGACCAAUGACAGAGGCUGGUACUGCUGUGGGGCACAAGUGACUGGAGAUGGACACGUUUAUACAACUCAGAGAGAGAGAGGAACAAACCUGAUCAUUACAGGAAAAACCAAACAAAUGAAGAUCAAGCAGCCAAAGGAGGUCACAUUCCCAAACUCCUCUACUAUCAGCUGUAACUUUACAUUACCAGAGGAUGAAGAUCCCUUGUGGCUCGGGAUAUACUGGAUGUUUGGGAACCCACGUGAGGGCUUUGCCUAUCACCCACACCCAGAAUUAAUUCACCCCCGAUACCGGGGCAAAACCAGACUGGUGGGUCAGUCAGACCUUUAUCUGGAAGAGGUGAUUGGAAUGGAUAACACCAACUUCUACUGCCGUGUGGCAAUGCGCCUGUGUGGAUCUACUGCGGCAAACACCAUUGAAACAUUAAUGGGGGAAGGAUCAGGGACACUUCUACAUGUCAUGAAUGUUGCACCUGAUCCCAGUGACCAGACCAAGAUCAUAGCAGCCGCUGCUGGAUCAGUAAUUAUAUUUAUUCUCCUAAUAUUGAUUAUCCUUUGCCUCAUUAAACGUAAAGGGACGAGGAAACAGUUGAAGCAAUCUGAACAAAAGGAUCCAGUGACCGUUAUGAAUGCGGGGGGUGUAACGUCAGAAUAUGAAGAUGCAGAGUCGGUUCGGAGAGAGCAGGAGACUGAUAUGGGCUAUUACACAACUGUUGGGGAGAUGACCGGGGCUUCUAGUGAUCCAUCAAACUCUGGGGAGCAAUUAGUAUAUUCUACCCUGGACCACACACGUCCAUCAAUAAAACACAAGCCUCCUCGUAACUCUGCCCAGGAAAUACUUUAUGCAGAUGUGCAAAGAAAAUGAGAAUGUCCUAUGAAUUCUGGCCUCAACCCUCAUCAGAUCCUACUUGUAUGAAGGAAUCUGGCCAAAUAUAGGUUUGUCUUUGGAGCUAGAUCCAUCAUUUGUCUGAAGUUCUAUGGACAUUGCACAAACUAAAAUAUUACAGGCACGAAUAUCCCAAUGACAUUCAGAGGAAAAUCCACACGGAGAACUUCACAGCAGGUGCUUUUGCUGAGAAUCUGUAGAUAUUAUGCUCUUGCUGCUUGUUUCCUGUAUUUGUUGGGAGUCGAUUCCUUAAAAAGUUCCAAAAACAAUUCCAGACACUGGAAUGGAGUCUGAUAUUUGGAACUUUGUAUUAAAUCCACAAUUCAACAAGACAACUUGUGGUGGAGCCAACUAACAACAUGAAACUGGACAAUUCCAUCUUCUCCUUUUUAUUUCUUUGCAAGACCCAAACUGUUCUGAUAUUCAAGCACAACCUGCAGCUGGAAUUCCAUUCUUUCAUCCGAGCUUCACACUUUUCCUUGCCAUCCAGAAUGAGAGAUAAUGAAGUAAACAAUUUCCAAGCAGCAGAUAUAUUGAGCGGAAGGAUAAUGCCAGUCCCACCUCGAGCUAACUUUGUCUAGUUGAGUUGUUACUGAAACCAAACGUUGUGGCAUGCAUAAAAGGUUUCAUAUUGUGGUUCAGUUAUAUUAGAUUUUUAGAUAGUUCUCCUCCUUACGUGCCACUUCCAUGAGUCUUCUUCUACUCUAGCAGAAAUAAAGAGAUAACAGGAAGAGAAGGAGGCAAUAGACACGAAAAAAUACGAUUCUCAUCAGUGCAAAGAAACCAUAAACCUGCGGUAAUAAAUGAAAUUAUUAUACAUCGCUAUCACUUCUCUAUAUCAGUGGUUUACAAGCUCUUAUUAAAGGAGAACUAAAGAACAAUAAUGAAUUAGCUCCAAAUGGGGAAACCAUCCAAAGAUACUCCUGGAGUUCCCCAUCUUUUUUCUGCUUAUUUCCUACACUUUGCAACUGUCAUUUAUCUGAGCUUCAGAACCCACUCACAAUAUACUGUAUAUAUAGAAUAUAAUAUUCACAAUAUAAGGCUGAUUAGUAAUUGAUUCAUGUUCAGCUCAGAAAGCAGUCACUGGUCGUGUAGCAUAAGCUUCUAUGACCUUCUGCUAAUGUCAAGAUCAUUUCCAGUGAACCCCAUAUUUUCUUGACUCUGAGAUUCUGUUGAUUGAGUUCGAUGAGUAACACAGUCACUCUGUUUGCUUUUUAAUUUCUUACUCUACUAAAAUUAGAAUGCAAUCUAAACGUUAGCUAAAAAAAACGGGAAGUGGUCCAGCAGCCGAAGGAAGUGAGUGUGAGGGCCAAAGGGGAAGUUGAGGUACAAGUCAUACGAUUGAGAAAGUUCAUGGAAAUGACUUUACUAAGAAACAAGAAAGCAAAAUGUGAUGCCGUUCAGGAUGGUGUGGGGCUUAUCCACAUAACUGAUGCUGUAAUCGCUUUUGAAAAAAGUAUCAUUAAACCUUUGAUUUGG